AUGGAAAAACAACCCCUCCUCCCCUCCUCCCAACCAGAAGAAGAAGAAGAAGCCACCCUCGCCGACCUCCAAACCCGCCUACACGCCGCCCAACGAGCCUACAUCCGCGCCUGGUCGCGCAGCACCUCCGGCAAAUGGCACCGCGGCAUCAUGGCGGGCGUGACGGCCUUCCUGAUCGUCUUCAUGGUCUUCUGUCUCGCCGUCAUCACCAACGACUGGGUGAACGACGACGACAACGACGGCGAGGGUUGGUUAGACGGUGGGAAGGUGCCCCUGGAAGCGCAUAUCAUGUCGAAAUGUCCCGACGCGAAGGACUGUUUGCAUGAUUUGAUUUUGCCGACGAUGCAGAGGGUUGAGGGGAAGGUGGAUUUUAGACUUUCUUAUAUUGGAUCCACAACCGACCACGACGACGGCCUCGCCUGCAAACACGGCCCGACCGAAUGUCUCGGCAACAUCAUCGAGCUCUGCGCCGCGCACAUCUACCCGGACCCCAAAAUCUACCUGGGCUUCACGAUGUGUCUGACCCGGGAGUACUCGCGGAUCCCCGAGCGGGAGCUCGUCGAGGACUGCGCGCUCGAACACGGUAUCGACAUGUACGAGAUCAACAAGUGCGCGGCCAGUGACGAGGGCUCUCUGGCGCAUGAUAUGCUCAAGGCGAGUUUUCAACGCAGCGCGGAGGCGAAUGUCACGAAGAGCUGUACGGUGAGGCUGAAUAAUGAGGUUCGAUGUAUCCGUGAUGGUGGCGAGUGGACGGAUUGUGAGGGAGGUCAUAAAGUCAAGGACUUGGUGGCGGAUAUUUUGGAACUCGCAGAUGCUUCCCUUUGA